AUGCCUUCUGGGAUGACGGGUGAUCUAUGUACCGUUGCUCUACAGGGUCCAUUGAGUUUUGCAUGGUCAUCUUCGCAGAAGAUUACCGUUUUUCAAAGUUCUCUAGGAUCUAGCCUUGAUGCUACAUUGUAUGAAGUUCAGCCUUUUGCAUCAGCCAAAAAGAACGCGUUUAUGCUAAGGCUUAUUCGAGCAUCUUAUGGUGUUUGUGAUAAUCUGCCAGCUGAAAAACUUGUGUCGCUGACUGCCGAUGGAGAUCUUGUUAAAACCUUCGAAUUAUUAUGGCAUUUAUCUGAGGUCGUAAUUUUGCAGAGUCUCACUCCAGGCAAGCUUACCUCAGCCUUAUCUGACUGGUACUUUGUCCAAUCUCAAGAAGCCAUCAACGUGGCUCGCAAUCUACUUGAAAAAUCCCACUCUAAAGGAGGUUUACUUAAACUCACUAAUGAUUCUGAGCGGGUAUUUUGGUCAACUGCCUUGUCAUUAACAUCACAAGUGCGGCCAAUGGAAGUGUCCGCUUUGUUGGCGUCACAUCAUAAGGCCAACUCUGGCCUUUUCCGGGAUAUUCGUCAGCUUUUGGUCUCAAUGCCGCUUGAGGACUUAAAUUCCAUUGUUGUGGACGGUAUGUUGUGUUUCUUGCGCUUACGUUAUCCUCUAACUUUAGCAACCUGGCAGAAGGGAGGUUGUUUUGAGAAAGCGUGGCAUCACUGGCAAAGUGUCUGUAAUGUUCGUCUGAUAGAGGAGACGCGAAAUAAUUCACGAUCAGAUGACAUCGAUACGGAAUACCUCAUUCUAAUUCUUUCGAUUUUGGCCGGUCGUAAUGACUGUUGGAACGAUCCGCGAGUGGUGGACGCAUGUGGAGAUUGGUACUUCCAAUUCGUCGGGUGGCUUUUUUACACUCAUCACUUUGUGGACCAUUCAUCUCUUUUCGCCGUGCUAGAGCACUUUAUGUCCAACUUCGAAAUUGUUUUAAGCCAUCAUUCGGAAGCACACUCUUUCUCUACAGUUAUAGAUGAGGUGAUCAAGCAUAUAUUUGCUGAAGACAUUCUUUCCGUGGUGUUUACACUGAGUGAAAAAUUUAAUAACUGGUGGAUGGUUGCCCACUUCGCCAAUCUCGUGAAACAUCUUCUUCCAGAUUGCUUUAAUGGUAUCGAUUCGGCUCGGUGCUCCUCAGAGCACCUCAAUUUGAAACCUGAAAGUGCUGACGGCGAUUUGAGUGGGAAAGGGUCCAGAACGGUACAUUUAGUCUCAUCCAUGCCUGACUUUUUCUUGAUGAGAUACGCAGAGAAUCUGGCUGCGGAUGCAAGCCUGCUUAGUGUGGCCUUGGGCUAUUUGGAUCACUGUACGACACUGCAACCUACUGCUCGGGCCGUCCAGGUCUCGCUUUUGCAGCGGACCAAGCCGACCACCAACCAUCUCACUCAAAACUUGAUUCAGCUGGCAAAGAAACAUCAGCUUCACGGGGUCGUUGGCGAGAUUGCACGUACCAAAACGCGCAUGCGGUUGUCUCACUCACAUCCUUCCCUCGUCACCAUCAAUACACCUGCCAUCUGCUCAGCUCUAGGAUGGGCUAUAGUUGCCCAGGAUGUGCAGCUGAUUGCUCACAUAGUCACUCGAACCCUCUCAUACAGCAUGUCGAAUAAAUGUGCUGAUGUGGAUCCCUGGAAGGUAGUAAAAGAGGUGGCCAGCAUAGUAACAUGCCUCUCCAGUGGCGAGAAUCGAGGUCCAGCUUCUCAGCGAACACAACCCUGGCUCACACCGCUGGUCGUCUCUCCCGAAUUUGCAUUCAUAUCUCGAUACUCUGAACUGCAUUGCCAACUCAAUGCCAAUAACGCUGAGGUAAUAACUCACACCGUGCUCGACCUCCUCUCCAUGAGCGAUAACAGCAAUGGAUUUCAUGUACCGCUCAAAUUUAAACUUCACCUGCUUGGACAGUUAAAGCCUCAUCUAGAUCCGGCGACUAUGGGAAGGAAGCAAAUUGAGGCGCUGGGUGCUAUUGUCGCCGAGCUGAAGGCCACUCUUCGCCUGUUUGGAAGACUAGGGCUGCGGCAAUCUUACGAGGUGGUAGCUGUCCCAGUGAAUCCCAUACGCUCUCGCAACUGCCAAGCGAGUAUGGAGCAUCAGACGUCGGAGUGUGUCGAGAAGGCUUUACUUGCGCUUCGGAAUUAUCCGAGGGUUUCCGCCUAUAACGUUAAGGAUCUUCCUUACAGCAAAUUACCCAAAUACCAUGGGCUUCAACGUAAGAAGCGUGGUCUCGGUCACCGAGGCAUGAGUCAGUUUCAGUGCUGGCAACCUCUUGGCACUCUUAGAGAUCGAACACCGUUCUAUAUAACUGUACCCAAGGAGCCUUACAACGAAAAUCACUUGUCUCGACGCCCUUUGGCUCGUCUUUCACUUCUCGACCUGCAGCGCUUGAUUGAUUUGUCUCGUAUUGAUCCCAAUCACCCAAUCGAUAUAUCGACAAUAUGUAACACUGGCCUCUUCCACUUGGAUGCAGACAAUGAGCGGCACUACGGAUUUCACUUGACGGAAGAGGGCGUGGAUGCGUUCGUGACUCCGGUAAAUAUUGAAGUGCAGUACGCCAGUGAAUUAGUUAUUGCAGCCGUGGAGAGGGUCGGAGGUGCCAUCACAACUCGAUACUACGAUCUACUUUCGGUGUUUGCCAAGGCUGAUCCUUACGCUUUUUUUGAGAAAGGUCUUCCUAUACCGCGUGGCAAGAAACCUCCACUUGACGCUCUCGAGUACUACACAAGUAGUGCCAACCGCGGCUAUCUGGCUAGUCCGGAGGAGAUUGCGGAUGCACGUGUUUGGCUGGCCCAAAAGUACGGCUACGCUCCGGUGGACAUUGCCUCCAGUCCGCAUAAGGACCUUCUUUCCAUUCGAAAGGAGCCCUGGCGCAUCUUUCAUGGACUCGAACCCGGCUGGCUUGUCAGUCUGGCAGACAAGGCACGAAUACCUUCGAAGGUUGCAAAUGGUCACGGUGAAUACAUGCUACUCCUCAUUUGUGCACCCACUCUUGCCGCUGUGAGGACAUCCAGCGGCAUUGAGGGUUACGAAGAGGAAGCUUGGGGUGCUGGCUCAGCGUCAGACGGCCUGGGGGGUGUUUCGUCCGUCAUGGCCUUUUGUUUAGCCCACACAGAGGUUUCAAUUCCCAUCGUCUGA